CUCGGUAUAUCUUUUUCCCUUUCCAUUCUUAAGAAAACAUCAGCUGUGUCGUUGGCACUCCGGCUAUCGUCAGGCGAUCUGUACUCCUGCUUCUUCAUCUGCUGCAGCAUUCUUAAGCUGUGAGCUUCAAACUACUUAAGAUGGCCUCUGUGCAGAAUUAUACUGAGAGAAGACAUGGAGUUUCAAAUAUGUUUGGGCAGGAAAAAUGUGAAUCCUACUUUUUUUUCUAUGGUGAAACUUCCCUUGGGGAUGGGUUUCGAGCAUUCUUGUAUAUUGUCGCCCUUGCUUAUUGUUUCAUUGGAUUAUCAGCUAUAACUGCUCGGUUUUUCCGGUCUAUGGAAUAUGUUGUUAAGCAUUCACGGAUGGUGGUGGUGAUAGAUCCUAGCACUAAUGCUAAGCUUGUCAAACAUGAAAAGGUGUGGAAUUACACGAUUGCGGAUAUUACUCUGCUGGCGUUUGGGACUAGCUUCCCCCAAAUCUCUUUAGCUACUAUUGAUGCAAUACGAAAUCUUGGGAAAUUGUACGCUGGAGGUCUGGGUCCUGGGACACUGGUUGGUUCUGCUGCAUUUGACCUAUUUCCUAUCCAUGCUGUCUGUGUUGUGGUUCCAAAAGCCGGAGAAUUGAAGAAGAUAUCAGAUGUGGUACCAUACAAUUAUUCAGAAGGUGCAUAUAAUGCUAAGGUUGCAGCAAGCUAA